AUGCAUCUCCGAGCCACGAUUAUCGCGACAAUUGUCUUGCGUCUUUGUCAAGCCGCGCAUGACAGAAGGACGUUUGCCCUCCUGCAGUUCAAUGGCCACGAGAUUGUUCAGGGCCGGAUUGACCCCAUCGUGUUUCCCAACCGCGUGUCCGAGCACGUCCACGGAGUCAUGGGCGGCAGUGCAUUUGCGGCUGAUGCCACCGGCGAGAGCAUGACGCGGUCCACGUGCACGAACGCAAAGGCUGCUGACGAUAAAAGCGCUUAUUGGUUUCCGUGGCUCUACUUCCAUGAUCCUACAACCGGAAGGUUUGAACCAGUCGACAUUGGCUACGUCAAUGUUUAUUACUUCUUUGAACCGACGGACGACAAUAUUAUGGCUUUCCCUCGUGGUCUCCAGAUCGUCAGUGGCAACGCUACCACUCGAAUCUCGCCAGGAACUCGCGGAAAGCUCAACUUGGACCCGGACGCCGGAGAAAUUCAACCAGUGCAGUGGACCUGCCCUCGACGGCAGAACCUCUUCGAGCCCCCUUCGUGGCCUCCGGAGUCUGACGGCUCUACAGCAGGCGAGAUGGACCCAGACAACCCUGAAGCCGGCACUGGAUUUCCCCACGUUGACUGUGACGGUUUCGCGUCUCCCUUGCGGGCGGACAUUCACAUGCCGUAUUGCUACGACCCCAGCAAACGGCUUGAUGAGUACCAAACAAAUAUGGCGUUCCCUACCAUCCAAGGCACGAAGUACAACUGCCCGCAGGGGUGGGUCCACGUCCCACACAUGCAAGUCGAGGUCUAUUGGAACACGCCAGCAUUCAAGGGCCGCUGGCAUCAGGGCCAGGGCAUUCAGCCAUUUGUCCUAUCCAACGGGGAUGUUUCUGGCUACAGCUCUCACGCAGACUUUCUAGCGGCGUGGGAUGAGAACGUACUCCAGAACGUCAUCAACACCUGCAAUGCGGGGUUUGAGGGCAUUCACUCUUGCCCGGGUGUUACGCCGAGUACCGUUGACAACUGCAGAAGUGAAAGCAGUCCGCUCAUAGAUGAACUUCUCACGGGGGUUCUCGACACAUUGCCUGGGAACAGGCCCCUCGGGGGGUGGGGCUUGUGA